CUUGCAUUACCCCUCUUCUUACUGUAUAUCUAGGCUAUUUGUGAAAAGAGUCUAAUAUCGAGGCCAUUUUGCGAUGGGUAUUCUCAUCGACCAUGGCGGUUUCAACGCCGUCUCCCUAAGCCAGCUGGCUUGGGGUCUCCCACUCGCCGCUCUGGCGCUGGGACUUGGCUACACUGCCUGGCUGUGCAUUUAUAAUCUCUAUUUCCACCCACUUCGCAGGUUUCCUGGACCCAAGUUGUCGGCCAUGUCAUUCAUCCCGUACUCUCUCAUUUUGACUGGCGGCGAUGGCCACCAUAAGGUUUUGGAUUUGCAUCUCAAAUAUGGCCCUAUCGUUCGUGUGGCGCCCAAUUUCCUUCUCUUCAGCCACCCAGACGCCGUCAACGAUAUUCGCGGCCACCGCAAGUUUGGGCAGCCUGAGCACGGGAAAGACCCAAUACGCCGGAUGCCAAACGUCCAUAACAUUAUUGGGGCGAAUCGCGAGGACCAUACGCGUUAUCGAAGGAGCCUGGCCCAUGGAUUUUCUCAUCAGGCAAUGCUGGACCAGGAGCCCAUCAUUGGCGCGUAUGUCGACCAACUGAUGGAUCGCCUGAAACGGGACUGUGGCAAUGGAACACAGCAAAUUGACAUGGUCCGUUGGUUCAACUUUACAACAUUCGAUAUCAUUGGCGAUUUGUCUUUUGGCGAGUCAUUCGACUGCCUCAACAAUUCCAACUAUCACCCUUGGGUUCAGCUCAUCUUCCAGUCCAUCAAGAACCUCGUCUUCAUGGCAGCGAUAAGAUACUUUCAGCUUUCACCAAAAUUCAUCACUACUUUCCUCAACAAGUUUGCCCUGCCCAGCGACAUUGCUGGUAGAUUCGCUGAAAAUUUCCGAUUAUCUGCUAUGAAAGUCCAGAAGCGUCUCGACAGCGGCUCAGAUCGCCCUGAUUUUAUGGCUUCAAUGACAGCCAAGCGCAAUGGAUCAGCCCUCUCUUUUGAAGAGCUCACGUCGAACGCCGUCAUCCUCAUUAUUGCGGGCUCAGAAACUACAGCCACGGCGCUAUCCGCAGCAGCCUAUUACCUCGGCCUGUAUCCGGAAAUCCAAGCCAAACUUGCCCAAGAAGUGCGGUCAAACUUUAACAGACCGGAAGAGAUUACCAUCACCAGUGUACAGCAUCUAUCCUACAUGUUGGCAGUACUAGACGAGUCCAUGCGUGUGUUCCCUCCUGUUCCUGGGGGCCUGCCACGAUAUACAGCAAAGGGAGGUGGUAUGAUUGCUGGUGAAUUUGUCCCAGAAAACACCCAUGUCGACGUUUGGCAAUGGCCGCUAUACCACAAUCCAAACUACUGGACACAGGUUGAAGAUUUUAUUCCGGAGCGUUGGCUAGGUGACCCUAAAUUUAAGGAUGACAAGCGAGAUGGUUUUCAGCCAUUUUCUGCAGGGCCUCGCAAUUGUAUUGGUAAAAAUCUUGCCUACGCUGAAAUGCGUCUCAUCUUGGCUCGCGUGAUUUUGGAGUACGAUAUUACGCUUGCUGAAGGCACCAAGGGCUGGGAUAAAAGAACCAAGUCGUAUACACUAUGGGAAAAGGGCGCAGUGAAUGUCUAUUUGACUCCUCGUAAGGUGGAGUAAAGUUGUGCUGAAUUGUAUUGUAAUAGCUUUAUUGUGUUCAUAUCUAUCUGGAAAUUUUUAUAUUGUAUUUCAUGGUUAAUUGCUUGACGAAAUGACUUGGUUACUGACAUGGGAGGGAGGUUUGGGACUUUUGACAAAAUCAACGGUAACUGGAGACUGUGCCGUGGUAGUUCUUAGGUGCCCUAUUCUUCCAUGAAAAGGAAAUGCUUCGCGUGGUUAGGAAGGGCUAUAUGCAUGGCAUCAUAUCAGAGGAAUUUAUGGCAGUGGCUAGUAAGAGAGAUGUAGGAUAACGGCAUCAAAAUAUGACUCGAGCUCAAUUUUAUUGACUACCUAA